GGUUGCUUGGUAUUAUUAGCAAGCGGCAAGUAUGGCGGUGGCGCGCGACGACGCGGCUUUUCCUCCCGGAGAAGGAUCAGUGGUCAAUUGGUCAGGGCAGGGACUACAGAAAUUAGGUCCAAAUUUACUCUGUGAAGCUGAUAUUCACACUUUGAUUCUGGAUAAAAACCAGAUUAUUAAAUUGGAAAAUCUGGAGAAAUGCAGACGAUUAAUACAGUUGUCAGUGGCUAAUAAUCGGCUGGUACGGAUGAUGGGUGUGGCCAAACUCACGCAACUUCGUGUUUUAAAUUUGCCCCAUAAUAGCAUUGGCUAUGUGGAAGGGCUAAAGGAACUAAUACAUUUGGAAUGGUUGAAUUUGGCAGGAAAUAAUCUCAAGGCUGUGGAACAAAUCAAUAACUGCACAUCUCUACAGCACCUCGAUUUAUCAGACAAUAACAUACCCCAGAUAGGUGAUCUAUCUAAAUUGGUUUCCCUGAAGACCCUGCUUUUACAUGGAAACAUCAUCACCUCUCUUAGAAUGGCACCUGCUUAUCUACCCAGAAGUCUUGCUAUACUUUCUUUGGCAGAAAAUGAAAUCCGGGACUUAAAUGAGGUCUCUUUUUUGUCAUCUUUAACUGAAUUGGAACAGUUGUCGAUCAUGAACAAUCCUUGUGUGAUGGCAACACCAUCCAUUCCAGGGUUUGACUAUCGGCCGUACAUCGUCAGCUGGUGCUUAAACCUCAGAGUCCUAGAUGGAUAUGUGAUUUCUCAAAAGGAAAGUUUGAAAGCUGAAUGGCUCUAUAGUCAAGGCAAGGGAAGAGCAUAUCGGCCUGGCCAGCACAUCCAGCUUGUCCAGUAUCUGGCGACAGUCUGUCCUCUCACUUCUGCACUGGGUCUUCAAACUGCAGAGGAUGCCAAACUAGAGAAAAUUCUGAGCAAACAGAGGUUUCACCAGAGGCAGUUGAUGAACCAAAGCCAAAAUGAAGAGUUGACUUCUGUUGUUCCUACUGAAACAAGGGCACACCUUGUACCUGAGCAUUCAAGCCCUGUUCAAGACUGCCAGAUAGUCCAGGAAAGUGAACCCGUCAUCCAAGUCAAUUCUUGGGUUGGGAUAAGCAGUAAUGAUGAUCAGUUAUAUGCUGUUAAGAAUAACUUUCCAGCCUCUGUACAUUCUACAAGAUAUUCUCGAAAUGACCUGCACCUGGAAGACAUACAGACAGAUGAGGACAAGUUAAACUGUAGUCUUCUCUCUUCAGAGUCUACUUUUAUGCCAGUUGCAUCAGGACUAUCUCCAGUAUCACCUACAGUUGAGCUGAGGUUGCAAGGUAUUAGCUUGGGCCUAGAAGAUGAUGGUGUUGCAGAUGAAUAUGUGAAAGGGCUGGAAAACCAGGACUUGGAUAAGGAAGAGGAAAAGACUGUAUGGGUUGAAAAUGAGAAUUCUGUUCAAAUGAUGAAAAAUGAGAUCAGUAAAGAGGUAAAUGAGAAAGCUGGGGUAUUAUCUUAUCCUGAGCCAAAAAUAGUCAGUGCUAUCUUGGAGAAUGAUGACCAUAGUCUGACAUCUUUUCCUGAGUCAUCUGGGCAUAUUAUCUCUCAUACACAGCCAGAUAGUGAAGAAACCAUGUCUCAAAUAGUUUCAGAGAAACUUUCCUGCAGGAUUUUAACCCAGGGAUCUGUUGCUUUGGGAGAAGAUAAAGUUGCCCUUCAGAAAUUGAAUGAAGCAGCCACCAAGCUUCAGGCGUGUUGGCGGGGCUUUUAUGCCAGGAACUAUAACCCUCAAGCCAAAGAGGUGCGUUAUGAAAUCCGGCUGCACAGAAUGCAGGAGCACAUUGUCUGCUUAACUGAUGAAAUAAGGAGAUUAAGAAAAGAAAGAGAUGAAGAACGUAUUAAAAAAUUUGUACAAGAAGAGGCUGUCAGAUUCCUUUGGAACCAGGUAAGGUCUCUACAAGCUUGGCAACAGACCGUGGACCAGCGUCUAAGUUCCUGGCAUACUGAUGUUCCUCCUAUCUCAAGUACUCUGGUGCCACCUCCAUUUUUCCCCCAAAGUCAGGAACCCUCUUCUGAUCAAAAUUCUGAUUGGUUCAUUGCUCCUGAUGAAGCUCCUCAAGAGAAAUCCUUUCCAGAAUUUCCAGACUCUGGUUUUCAUUCCUCCCUCACAGAACAAGUUCAGUGUUUGCAGGACUCUUUGGAUUUUGAAAAAAAUUCCGCAGAAGGCAGUGAAAGUUCCAUAAUGGGGAAUUCCAUUGACACGGUCAAAUAUGGCCAAGAGUCAGAUUUAGGGGAUGUUAGCAAAGAAAGUGGUGAAUUGAGUAAGGAAAGCUCAAACAAUAAGCAGGAUACUAGUUUGCUUGAACAAUAUUUAACUUCAGUUCAACAGCUAGAAGAUGCUGAUGAGAGGACGAAUUUCGAUGAAGGGACAGGAAAUAGAAAGCUUCGCAUAGCUUGUUCCCUGGAAAUGUUAGGUGCCUUGUCUGACAAUGCUUCUGUAGAUGAGACACAUGGCAUAUCUCCUACUUUGCAAGAUGAAAUCAGCCAGACACCAGAAAAUUAUAAAUUAAAUGCAGAAGUUCAAGGGCAGCAGCCAGAAUGUGAUUCCACAUUUCAGAUAUUGCAUGUUGGUGUUACUGUGUAGCAUGUAUGGUCUCUUGGGAAGCAGAAAUCCACUUCACUUAACCGUAUUUUCAGUUGCCCUUUUUUUUUUUUUUAAGGAGAAUGCUCCCCCCUCUCAGUUUUGUUUCUACUUAUAUAGAAUUUGUAUUCUUGUUUCAUAUUUUCCAGAUUCUAGAGCUGAGUCUUUAUUUUGAUUUGGCUAGCUUUUUACUUAGCCAUAGUAUACCGAACAAUAUUUAUAUUGAGAGGUAUAUGCACGUUAUUUCUUAACAACUGAAUUGUAUCAACAGUCUUCCUGUUCCUUUUAUGUACUCAUUGCCUUUCAAAAAUAAAUUAGAAUAUCUUAAAGAAAAUAGAAAAAUAUAGCUUAAAGAUAUACAUAAGAGAAUUUUGGUUUUUCUGUAUCUGAGGAAAUUAGUUAUAUAGUAAGGAAUGCAGUUUAUUAAAGUGAAUAUAAAUGACAAAUAUGAGGAUUCUGAACUAUUAAAAUUUGCCAGACAGUCUCCUUGGAGUAAGAAUAUGUUUUUUAUAAGCCUUUUCCCUUCCUUCUGAGUCAAGGAAAGCCUUCUUGUAAGCAAAUUUAGGAAGAAAAGGUAAGAUUAUAGGAUUUCUCAAUGGGGAUGAUUAAAUUGGUUUCGUGGAAAACUAUAGUUAAUGUCAUACAUCAGUUUUGACACAUGAAAUAAAGCGUUUCAUUCAGAAUUAAAAUCAAGCUUACUUAGAGAGGCAAUGUAAGACUAUUUGUGUUAGGAGAUGCUAAGCUCUGUUCACUUGGAAUAAUGUCACGGCAAACAUUUAUGUUUUUAUUAAGUGCUUUUUCACCCUACAGAUAAGCAUUUAUGUGCCAAUAUAUUGCCAGAAAUUAAUGUAUGUUCAUCUUCUCUGUUCCUGCUCAUAUUUACUUAUGUAUUUCAGCAGAAGGUCCAUGGCCAUUCACUUCACUUUUGACCUCUGCAUCAUAGUGAACAUUUGAAGUAAUACUAGUGGUAGAAUAUGAAUGACUUUUUUAAAAAACUAUUUUCUUUUUUUUUUU